AAGAUUUGUUCAGAAGCAAUCUUUGUUGAAAAGUAAUAUGUGCGUAGUGUGCGCGAGUCGUCGAAAAGAAAUUUUUUGAAAUAAAUUUUUAUAUUCCGAUAGUUCUUAAUGUUUAAUCUUUGUGAAGAAAAGGGGAGAAAAAAAAAAGAAAGAGAAAAAGAAAUCGACUGCAUUUGUUCGUUUUUUUUUCAGGUCACCUUAGUUAGCUUACGUUUAAUUUUAUCCGUUUAACGUGCCUAGUAUUUAACGAUCUUAUUCUCGAUCCGGAUUGUAUUUGUGUGUUUACGAAUUUCUCUCUCUUUCUCUCUCUCUGUCUCUUUCUUUCUCUCUCUUUUCUCUCUCUCUUUCUCUCUCUCUCUCUUUCUUUCAUUGUUUCUCUGAAUAAAUUGUCUCAAAAGGAAUACAGUUCACGGAUCGUGAUAACCUGCAGCAUUGCGGUGAUCCUAGCGAUCGUACUUUGGAACGUUAGAAAAAGUUCAUCGAAAAAGUCAAAUAAUAAAAGCAAGAAAAUAAGAAAAAUGUCACAUGAAAAGAGUAAUGGUUGUGAAAAAAAGGUCGAAACUGAGAAGAAAAAAAUUGAAAAGAACGGAGAAACGGUGUCCAAUAUUCCGAAACUUAAGUGGGUUAAAGUAGGUCGGGUCGAGGAACUCUAUUACUAUCCUUUGAAAUCAGGACGAGGGAAGGCAGUGACGGAAUGUAAAUUUACGGAAUUUGGAAUAUCGAUAGAGAAGGAUGGAUUAUUUACACUUAGAGAUAGAAUGUUUUUGGUUUACAACGACGAGACUUAUAAAUUUCAAACGGGUAGACAGUAUCCAACGAUGAUUCUAGUCAGUCUAUCCGCCGUAGAUGAGUACAAGGUAAAAUUAGAAGCCGUAGGAAUGCCAAGUGUCGUCUUUAGAGUACCAGAGAAAUCCGAAAAGAGUUCUGCAGCCAUUGAAUGUACGAUGUGGUGGGGGGAGCCGGUAAAGUGUAUCGAUUGUGGUCCUGAACCUGCUGAAUGGUUAUCUAGAUUUUUAACCGGUACAAAUUCGGGCUUACGUUUGGGUUAUUCUUUGACCGAUAGACGACAAAUUACUACAGGACCUUGGGAACGUUUUUGCAAAGUUUAUAAUACUCUUCGUGACGAAGAUGCGGGCUUGUUCUCAGAUAUUACGAGUUACAUGUUAAUGACAUCUCAAUCACUCGAUAAUCUGAACGAACGAUUGGAAAACCCCGUACCAGCUUUACAAUUCCGUCCUAAUAUCGUUGUUUCCAGUGAGAAAUCAUUUGUCGAAGAUAACUGGGAAUGGAUAAAGAUAGGUGAUCGUGCUAUUAUUAGAAACGUUAAACCUUGUUCAAGAUGUAAAAUGAUCAAAGUCGAUCCAAAAACCGGUAAUACCGAGAAGGAGGAACCAUAUAAAACUUUAAAAUCUUUUCGAGAACAAACGGAUCCAAAUAGAAUUUCCGUCGAUGGAUCAGCUCCGAUAAUGGGUAUAUAUUGUGGAUCAUACGUCACUGGUCGUGUUAAACUUGGAGAUGACGUGUUCGUUCACGUAUCAGCCGAUAAUAUUGAAAAUUCGAAAAUCUCUAACGAGGAUAUAUCUAAAUCUAAAACGUGUUAACCUCCUAUAAUAGCAGCUAUGAAGGCGUGCCUUUGUUUUGUUAAUGCAAUUAUAAUCCGCAAUGUGGAUCGUACGCUUCGUCGAAUAGAAAAUUUGUUAAAUAUUUUUAAAGAAAUGAAAAUGUUCCCAAUGAUAAUUUCAAAAGAUCAAAUUAAAUUAUUUUUCAAGACA